GGUCAGCGCGCCGCGCCGCCAGACCAAAUGAUAGGUAUAGGAGAGUGGACGAGGAAAUCGAAACGGUGUCUUUCUCAGUCGAUCGUUGCUCGCUGAAGUGUACAGUCGUCGCGCGUAUUGCUGUGCAGACAGUUCGUGUCCUAGGAGUUUUCGGAAGUGUUGUGCCAGUCAGUUCCGAACCAGCCCAGAGUUGAUCGGUUGCAGUGAUUAUUGGUUGUCAAUCUGUGUCAAUAGGAAGCGCCGUACUCAUUCGCUAAACGCUUCUCGGUGAUCUAUGCGGUUGUGGUGUGUAAUCUACGAAAGAGGAUCAAGUCGAAUCAACUUCCGGGGAAGUACGUAACAUUUUGCACUCAGUGUUCAAAUGGAAAGUACUUUCAACUCGUCGCUCGACGGAAAGCAUAAGCUGGGUUGCCCUCGAAACUGAUGUCAAUGGUUGGUAGUGUUUGUGGUACCCUCAUGAUCGCCUUCGAGUGAAGAAGGCCAGUGAACACAACCUAACAACCAACUCACAUGGUUUGCGUGUGAUUUUUCCCCCUUUCACGUAACGUGUGUAAAACCGAAGGAGAAGGUGUCAAGGAAGGCGCGCGCGCUUGAAAGAGAUACAAGCAAUAAUAAAUCUAUACACAAGCACGAAAGGCCGAUAUAAGGCAACAUAAUAAUAAAUCCAAAACGUGGAAAAUAAGCAUACCGAAAGCAAAACCAAAAAGUGAACUGAACCUGACACAUAAAAAGUGCGAAUAGUGCCAGAAGAGGAGAUUUCGGUUACGCAGGCGGUGAAAUCGAGUGAACAAGAAGUGAUAGUUGAAGAAGAGCGCGCAAGCCCUCGGUGGUGUCUUAAGAGUUGAAUCUUAAGUAAGUUCGGAAAGUGAAAGGUUUGCUCAGUGGCAUUUAACGAAAAUUCAUCAGGUAAAAUGUUGAAAACCAAAGCCGGCGAAGACAAGGUGAAUACACUGCUAUCCACCAGCCAAAUUCCGAUCAUCGAUCUGGCGCAUUGUGGCACAGAGGAAUGCCCCAUCCGGUCGGUUGUCAAUCGAGUCGGUUCACAGCUGGUUCGCGCCUUGACAGAAAAGGGAGUAGCCCUUUUGGUUAAUCAUGGCAUCGCGGAGGAUAAGAUCAAGUACGCUUACAAUCAUUUGGAUGAUUUUUGCAAACUGCCAGACUCAACGAAGGAGAUGUACCUGCGGCAGGACGGCAACCAUGGGUACGUGAAACCGGGCCAGGAGCGUUUUGAUGGUAUAACAAAGGACAUCCGACACACUUUCAACAUCUGCACGCUGAAACCGGACGCAAAACUGCCAGAAGAACCCCUGCCUGGUUUCCGGGAGCACAUAUCCGAUCUGGCAACGGACUUCCAGCGGUUAUCGUCGCUUCUGCUGCAAGCUCUGGCCGUGGGACUCGAAAUGCCAUACAAGUACUUCCUCGAGAAGCAUACUCACAUUCUGGAUGGCGAAGGGGAAAACCAGUCGACUUUCCGAUUGCUGUAUUACCCGCCGCUGAUCGAAGACGAUGGCAAAAACGAGCUGCAACGGGGUACCUGCAAGUACAGCCAGCAGCGCUGCCUCAGGGACGAAAUUGAUCUCUCGCUACCGGAAGACUACAGGAACAAGCUCGCCGAGGAGGAAGAGGCCCGGCAGGAGCAGUACACGCGCUGUGGGGCACACUGCGACUACGGGACAUUCACACUGCUGGUGCAGGACUCCGAGGGUGGCCUGGAGGUGAAACUGCCCGGAUCGGACAAGUGGAAGCGGGUAGGGUUCCUGCCCGGUGCCAUUCUGAUCAACGCGGGUGAACUACUGUCGACGUGGACCAACGAGAGGAUUCCUGCCCUGCAACACCGAGUCGUGAUACCGCAAGAGGAAUCGCUCAAAAGCCGCGGAAGACAUUCAAUAGCAUUUUUUGUGCACCCUGAUAAUUGCACCGACAUCGAACCUUUCGAGAUGCCAACCUCAAGUUCCUCCAACUCGCUCGACUCGAUGGACAAGAAGCCAAAGAAUCGGAAAAAGUCCUUCAAGACCGCCAAGACAAAGAUCUACAAUGCCUAUCAACAUGUGCAACGUCGGUUCAAGGAAACGUACGCUUCCUAACAAGAGCAACAACCAGAAGAAGGACUGCUUUUUCGGAGCCCCAUCUGCGCAGCCCCGCAGAUCGAACACCCGAACAGUAAACAACAGGCCAAUUUUAGGAGGUUAACUAGCAUUAUUAUUGUGGAAAGGAGCGCAGAGUAACUGAAACUUAAAUUAAAACAAAACUACUUACUCAUGCUGCUGGGCCGCUUGCAGUGGCUAAUGGUAGCAGCACCAGCGGCGAACUCGACGGUUGUGAAAGGGAAACCAGCAAAACUUAUACAAACCCGCCUCGAGAUAGGAUCAUCAAUCACGUUUGUCAAAUAGAGCCACAUCUAAACAUAAUCAUCCCCAAAAAAAAUCAUGUUCUGUUUUCGAACGACCCGGAAUGUUAAAGAGUGCAAUUCCAGAAGCAGCCAGCAGUAGGAUCUAUUUAUUCUACUUCGUUCAUUUAGUGGUUUUUAUGUUCUUGUACCCCGUCUGUGCUUUCUAUGUUUUGCAGAAGGAAUGCUCUAUCCGUCCCAAACUGUAAGCAAAUGAGAAUAGCGAUUUUGUAGGAAACUGCCUCACCAUAGCGAAUUGUAAUAGGGCAUUGAAUGGUUUUAUGCCAGGAGCUGUAUAAACGUAUCACAUUCAUGUCAUUCAUUAUAACUGUGCAAAGUUUUAGUGUUACAUUAAUGAAAAGUUGUCUUCCUAAUUUUUUAUCCAUCAUUUUAUUUCAAUAGUUCAUAAUAGAAACAACAUUUCCAUUGGACAUGGCUAUCACCCGUCGAAAAUAGACUUCCCUUCUGCCUUUUAUCAGGUUGUAAAGCGAACUAGUUAAUCUAUCCCCUUACAUUUCAACAAUCCACACAACCCAGAAGUCCUCAAAAGCUGCUACAAACAACGAAGUGAUAUCUUGUAAGAGAAACGAGUAAAUUAAAUAUUUUUUUUAAGGAAUACAUUUUCAUUUUACAUACAAUA